AGAAAUUCAGUUGGUUAUCAUCCUCCAGCAGCCAGGAAUUCCAGGAACAUAUAAAAAGGCAUUAUGAUUAGCUACAUGGUCAGUUCCUCUACCUCCUUUGUACGCACUGCAAUGCAUCAGUUGUUUAUUGUCGUUCUUGCCUUCGCAAUCGGAGCUUCCGCCCAAUCGGAUUCCCGCUAUUCGAACGUACCAGAUUACCCUGCUUACGACGAUGAGCCUAUUAUGCCCUACACCUUCGGCUACACCAUCAAAGAUGCUGAAACCCACAGCAGCUUUGGCCAUCACGAAACGGCUGAUGAGGAAUCUGUAACGGGAUCGUACGUUGUUGCCCUGCCGGACGGACGAACACAAAUCGUUUCCUACGUAGCUAAUGAAAACGGAUAUUUUGCUGACGUCAAGUACGAAGGAGAAGCUAUUUAUCCCGAACAUCGGCAAUCAAGCUACCCCAACUAGCUCACGGCUGGCAGUUUGUAAACAGAACCU